GUGCCCUUCGUGCCCGCCAUCUCCGAGGAGGAAGUGCAAGCUGUGCAGACGGCCUGGGCCAACGCCAUUAAGACCAUCUCCAAGACCUACCUUUCUGGAGGCGACUAUGUCGCGGAGGCCGCCAAGGCCGCAGGUGAGCUGUAUGGAUAUGGCCACACCAAUGUGCUCUUCAAGCCUACCAAGGCUGGGGUAGAUCUGAAAGGUAUUAUAACGUACCGUAGUGGUUUCCAUUUUCUUGUCCGUUAUCCCUACAUAACCUUAUAUUACCCUCAUGUAACCCUAUACAAUAUAUAG